ACAUGGCUCUGAAGGGAAUAAAGGUUAUCGAGUUUGUUGGCUUAGCCCCGGGGCCGUUCUGUGGCAUGCUAUUGUCGGACUUUGGUGCCACCGUUACGCGGAUUGAUAUGAACCCCCGGAAUUCGCUUGAUGUACUGCAGGGAGGUAAACGAUCGCUCGCUCUUAACCUAAAACAACCGAAAGCGAUCGAUGUAGUUCGCUCGCUGUGCCGUGGCUCGGAUGUGCUGAUAGAACCGUUCCGGCCGGGUGUGAUGGAAAAGUUCGGUCUUGGGCCAGCAGUGCUCCUAAAGGACAAUCCACGCCUUAUUUACGCUAGAUUGACCGGUUUCGGACAGUCCGGAACGCAUGCGGCGCGUGCCGGACACGACCUUAAUUAUAUCGCCCUUUCCGGGGUGCUUUCGAUGCUAGGACGCAAAACGAACAAACCAACGGCACCGAUUAAUUUGGUGGCCGAUUUUGCCGGUGGUGGGCUUAUGUGUGCUUUUGGCAUUUUGGCAGCUUUAGUUGAGCGACACCGAUCUGGGAAAGGACAGAUUAUUGAUCAUGCGAUGGUGGAAGGUGCUGCGUACGUUGGCAGUUGGCUGUUCCGAUCUCAAAACCUACCGAUAUGGGGGAAGCCAAGGGGUGAGAACAUAAUCGAUGGCGGUGCCCAUUUUUACGAUACGUAUGAAACGAAGGAUGGUAAAUUCCUAUCGGUCGGUGCGAUCGAGAACAAAUUCUAUCGUUUGCUGCUGGAAGGGCUCGGAUUAGAUCCGGAGCUUUCGCAGUUUGAAGAGGACGAGAAGAGAAAGGAACUGUUCGAAGCCAAAUUCAAGACGAAAACUCGAGAUGAAUGGAUGGAAAUAUUUAGCGAAAAGGAUGCCUGUGUCUUUCCCGUCCUAACAUCGGAUGAGGUAGAAUCGUACCAACACAACCGUGAGCGUAACGUGUUUGUGGACUAUCAGCGAAAAGAGGAGGAAGUGCUGGUUCCAACACCGGCACCAAAACUAAGCCGAACUCCGGCCCAAUCCGGUGUGACGGUGAAGGAUAGAGGUGAGUUAGAAAUGGCUGAGGAAAUAUUAAGUGAAAUCGGUGUAGAGCGGCAGGAACUUGUACGGUUGUACGAGGAAGGUGUUUUACUGCUUACUAGCCAACCAAAGAUGUGAUACAGUAAUUUUUUGUACAACUUUACGGCC